AUGCCCACCAAGCGCAAGAGCAAGAAAGCAUUUCCGACAGCGACUGAGUUAUGCCAGCUCGCCACACAGUUACACAACCAACAGAAGCAAGCGACGAACAACACCUACCCACCGCAACCCGCCGUCGACCAGUACGCCUACGCUGGGCUCCCGAACCCACCAAUCCAGCAACAGCAGCAACCGUACCCAAUGGACUACACACAGUAUGGCAACGCUCAGUAUGCCAACCCACAGUACAACUACCAAUACCCAGGCCAGCAAGCUCAACCGCAACAGUACCAACCCACGCCACCUCAAAUCCGCAACCCUUUCGCGCCACCACCACCCGCGCGAUCACAGUACAAUUCAAACCAGCAAUUCGACCCCGUCCAUGAGCAAGAGCUAGCGCAGUGGGCGUCAGCCUACGCCCCGCAAGAUCCGAACGACAAGAAAAACAAAGACAGUAAAGGCGGCAACGCCAACCUCACAACCCUCGGCUCGCGGCCAACAGCCCAAGACACCACGGACAGCAAGACCAAGACCGACGGCGACAAGAAGAAGACAGUCGUCAGACACGGCGGGGGCGAAACCUGGGAAGAUGAAACCCUGCUCGAGUGGGACCCCAGCAAAUUCCGCAUCUACGUUGGCAAUCUCGCUGGUGAAGUGACCGACGACUCGCUCGCCAAAGCCUUCGCCGUCUACGACGUCAACAAAGCGCGCGUGGUGCGGGACAAGCGCACGACGAAAUCGAAAGGGUUCGGGUUCGUGCAGUUCGAAGACCAUGAGCUCGGGUUCAAGGCGGCGAGGGAGAUGGUGGGCAAGUAUGUGGGCAGUCAUCCGAUUACGAUUCAGAAAGCGAAGACGGAUGUGAAUGCGAGUGUGCAGAAGGAUAACAGGAAGGGGAAGCAUGGGAAGGGAAGGGAUAGGGGUGGUAACAAGAAGGGCGAGGAUGUGCUGAGGGCGAAUACGGGGUCACAUAUUGAGAAGAAGCCUGUGAUGCGGAAUACCGGGAUGAAGAUGCUGGGUUGA